AUGUUUGUUAAUGAUCUACGUUUAGCAAGUAUGGACCUUGAUAAAUUGCACCUCCUGGAGGGACUUUUCGUAUCCACGCCAGUUUGUGCUGUUAGGGUCACGGAAUUGGAUAGUAGAUACACCUGCGAUCAAUGUGGACGAUCAUACAAACACAAAACCAAUCUGUGCAACCAUAAAAGAGAAGAAUGCGGCAAACCGCCGUCGUAUUUUUGCCCGAUUUGCAAGAAGGGCUUCAAGAAAAAGCAGCAUUUGCAGCGCCAUCUUGUAGUGCACAACGAACUGGAUCUGACGGGCCAAAAUGUCGAUCCGGAAAUCAUGAGGCAAAUUAUACCUUUCGUCUCUAAACCGGAACCGAGAUUUGAGCCUACUCCUAGUUUAUCGUUGUUGCCCAGUAAAAAUACUAGCAACGCUCUGUUGCAUAGCACCGUGCCCCAGAAUUAUCCUCCGUUACCAUCGCUAUCCGUUUUUUCUAGAGAGAAUAUGGUGAAUUUUCCUCCUAUGAUGCAUUACCACAAUGUCCCUAUGCCUCAUAUUCCGCAAGUGCAGUACGGUACUGGUGACGGUAGAUGUCUUCCUUCUAGCGAAGCUUCGCAUUCUUUUGGACUCGAAGCUAAGUUAGAAAAUACUGAAACUUAA